UCAUUUUGUUUUCCUUCAAGUCGUUAGUGGAAGCUCUGUUGGUCUCUCUGUGGCUACAUCUUUUGAUCUCCGUGACGAACGCAUGUUUGGAUCUCUACAUCGAUAAUUGGUGAUGUUGAUGCAUUGAAAUCUACCGGGUUGAAAAGUAUGGACAAAGUGGUGGAGGCAGUGGAGCUGGUGAAGAAAGAAUGGGACGAGGCAUAUGUAAAAACCCUAGACCACAUAAGGGCGAUCGAGGGGUUUGGGAAAUCGAGGGAAGCUGAACAGGAGAAGAAUUCUCUGCCUAGAUUGAAUGGACUCGCACAUGAUGGUUUGGCUGUGCUUCAGUCCUUACAAUUCAAGCUCGAUCUUCUUGCACCGCAAUUACCCACCGAUCAAGAUGUGCAGUCGGCUCAAUCGAUGCUUGAGUCGUGGAAGACCCAAUGCCAGAGUUUGCGAUUCAAUUUAAGAAAUGCCAAUUUGCAAGCAAAGGAUAACAUGAGGAAAGCUGCUCAGAAAGAGAGGGAACAACUUCUUGGUGGGGGAGAAGAGUCUACGAUUAGAAGACGCAACUUGCAGACAAAAGCUGGAAUGACAUCUGCUGCAGAGAGCAUAACGGAGAGUCUUCGCCGUACUCGCCAACUAAUGGUUCAGGAGGUGGAAAGAAGUGCAAGCACACUUACGACAUUCGAGGAAUCAACAGGUGUACUAAGAAAGGCUGAAACUGAAUAUAAGGGGCAUCGCUCACUGUUAAUGCGAACUCGAAACCUGCUUUCCACGAUGAACCGUCAGGAUGUUAUUGAUAGGGUGAUUCUUGCAAUUGGAUUUUUCUUGUUCUCUUGCGCUGUUCUUUAUGUUGUCUCAAAGCGAAUUGGGCUGUUAACCCUGCAAAGGAAGGUAACUGCUGCAAUAAAUGCUAGAAUUUCUGGACAAGCAGAUAUUGGACGCAUAGCUAGGCAAAAUGGUAUAGAUUUUGCUCAGGUUAUUGAGAAUGCAGUUCCAAAUGUUGAGGUUCCAAUAGGGCAACCUAUGCAUGAUGAACUUUGAGUUUCACAGAUCUACUUAAAGCUACCGAUGCCCAUGGCUAAGGCGCUGCAGGUUAUUUUCCCCACUAUUUUCCUUCCAUUCAGAAUUCAAGGGAGUAUGCAAAAGCCCGCUGCAUGCAUACAUAUACUGAUCAAUUUUGUUUUCAAAUUGUUCCUUUGUCUGAAUUAUUUGAAUCUCUGAAAUAAAAAAAAAAAAUUGUGAUAACAAA